CCUGGCCGCUGUGUGUAGGCACACGGUGUCUGUAGUCGGGUUGUAUCCGGUGCUGCCGUUACACUGCCGGUCGGCUGCUUUGACCCCAUGGAUGUCAGUCCGAGGGCUCCAUGCACCCAGGCAGCGUUGUGUUUCCGGGCUGAGGCCGACAGCCGCCCCUCCUCCCGCUGUCAUCUUCCCCCGCCCCUCACGUGUUUGCCGGGUGUCAGUGAGUUGCGCUGCCCGGUGCCGCUCUGUCUGCUCCGGUGUGUGAUUUGCAGCCAUGCUUCUCUCCGCCGUGCUGCACACCUACUCCCUGCGCUACAUGCUGCCGGCCGCUCUCAUGCUGGGCACGGCGCCCACCUACCUGCUGGCAUGGGGCUGCUGGAGGGCCCUGAGCACCAUCCUGCCCCAGAGACUCUACUGGAGGGGGGACGACCGGCUGUACACCAUGUACCAGAGCAUGGUGCUCUUCUUCUUCCAGCACUACACCGGAGUGCAGAUCAUCCUUUAUGGAGAUUUGCCAGAGAAAGAAAAUGUUGUCUAUAUAGCCAAUCACCAGUGUACAGUUGAUUGGAUCAUUGCGGAUAUGAUGGCUAUACAGCAGAGGGCACUGGGUCAUGUUCGAUAUGUUCUGAAGGAUGGACUGAAAUUUCUUCCUCUUUAUGGAUGGUAUUUUUCACAGCAUGGUGGUAUUUAUGUCAAAAGAAGUGCAAAAUUCAAUGAAAAAGCAAUGAGAGAGAAGUUGCAGUGUCAGGUCAAAGCAGGAACUAAAAUGUAUCUUGUGAUUUUCCCUGAAGGCACUCGUUACAAUCCAGACAUCCCAAAGGUCAUAGUUGACAGCCAAGCAUUUGCCAUGAAAGAAGGUCUUCCAGUAUUGAAACAUGUGUUGACUCCGCGUGUGAAGGCCACCCAUGUUGCAAUUGACGCGAUGCAGAACCACCUUGAUGCUGUCUACGAUGUCACGGUAGCAUAUGAAAGAACUACAAACCAAGAAGGACAAAGGAAAGAGGCUCCGUCAAUGACAGAGUUUUUGUGCAAGGAAUGCCCAAGGAUUCAUAUUGUUUUUGAACGCGUUGAUGUAAAAGAUAUUCCGAAAGAACAGAUAUUCAUGAGACGAUGGCUUCAUGAACGUUUUGAAAUUAAGGAUAAAUUGCUAUCAGAAUUUUACGAAGCCACAGACCCGGAAAAAAGGAACAAGUUUCCUGGAGAAGGAAAACCUGCCAAGCUCAGUUUGAAGAGAACCGUGCCUUCCUUAUUACUCUUAACUGGAGUGACAGCAGGCAUGCUUUAUACUGAAACAGGAAGAAAGAUUUAUAUAAACACGUGGAUUUACGGGACAUUAAUUGGUUGCCUGUGGGUUAGCAUCAAAUCCUAACUAAACUGUUCAUUUCAAAUUUGCUGCAUAUUAUACCAAAACAUUUUUUUUUCUUUUCUAAUUAAAAAUGUGUAAAUACUGCCUUACUUGUGAUUACAUUAGAUGAAAUUGAAUAUAUGACUGAUGCAGGACUUAUUAGUCAAGGAAUCAAGCACUGUUGAAUUUGCUAGCAAUUUCACACCUAGAAAGGUGACUUUACACACACCCCCCAACAGAAAUAAAAGUACAAACCUUUUUCAUUACAUAAGUUGCAUAUACACAUUUAUUUUAAUCC